CGCAAAUUUAUUAUCAUCGAUUUCUGUAAUAUAAAACAAAUUGGUUAUGAUAAGAUACCCUAUUACUCUUUCACUUUAUGUAUUUUUCUCGAUCAUGGAGUGUAAUUGCGACACCCCGUUCGUAAAGCAUUUCUUCUUUUAAUUACAUAAUCAGCAUGUAACUGUGGUUAACCACCUUUUUGCACUGAGGCAUCUCUUGUUGGCGUGUGCCCUGUUUGUUUUCCUGGGUUUAUUUAGAGGCAUGGGUCGUGGGAGCGAAGCCGCUUGUAUUUACACCUAAAAGUUGUUGGAUUAGUUUUAUUGCACACACUUGCAUUUGCCUUUUCUUUCUGCUACCUAGCUCCAAGUAAAUGACAAAGCAUUGGGUUUUGAAACUCCAACCCUAAUACCCACGGAGCCUGCCCACUACAUAUAAUAAAUGUAUUGAUUUGGGUUUGCUAGCAAAACGUGUGGGGACCGACUAACAGCAGACCGGCUGCUGGAGUGACCACACCGUGAGGCAGGAGCUCCAGUAAUGAGUAACAUAAUCCAGCCAUAUGGUUCGUGUGGCGCUCCCUCAGCCUCCCCAGGCUUGGGGUCCCCAUAUCUACACCCCACCACUGACAUACGCUGCAGUUUGUUGACGUCUCUAAGGGAUGCAGGAACAGGGAGUCGAGAAGGAAGCUCCAGAAGUCAGUGUUGAUUACAUUUCAGGACUGCUCACACUGGGACUUCAGAUUUAAAUUACUGUUGCUAGCCAGCCUUCUGAAACAACUGCAAUGUUUCCUCUAGGAAAUCAACUUCUAAGGAUAAGGCGCAAAGAUAAAAGGGCUAUCCAAUGCGGAUGAAAAGUGAUGGACCACCAAGGGGUACACUAGAAGGCAGUGUAUUCUCACCAGGAGGAACAGCACUCUCUUUUGGUGUUUCACUAUAAUAUUCUGUAGAAAGGUAACAAAGGAUAAAUAUUUUCUAUGAAGGACGGCAGCUGUUCGGAGUUCUGAAUUUAAGGAAAUUACGCAUAAGUUUCCUGAUGCUGCUGAUAUCACCAGCCAGAUGGCAUUACUCAACAUAGUGGAAACCUAUUUGAACAUUACAGACUACACACGUGGACAGGAUAAUGCCACAGAACACAGCCUGCACCCUCCUCAUAACUACUAUGCUAUGUUUUAUAGCAUUCUGAUCUUUUCUAUUAUAUUUGGAAAUGUACUGGUAUGCCUUGCAGUGAUAAGGGAGAAGGCACUACAGACCACAACUAAUUACUUAGUGGUUAGCCUGGCUGUGGCUGACCUCCUUGUGGCAACGCUGGUCAUGCCCUGGGUGGUAUACCUUGAGGUAACAGCUGGUGACUGGACCUUCAGCCGGACAUACUGUGAUAUUUUUGUAACAAUGGAUGUCAUGAUGUGUACAGCCAGCAUUUUAAACCUCUGUGCCAUCAGCAUUGACAGAUACACUGCUGUGGUGAUGCCAGUACAAUAUAACACAACACAUAGUUCCAGAAGACGUGUCAAUCUUAUGAUAAUCACUGUCUGGGUGUUGGCGUUUGCUGUGUCUUGCCCUCUUCUCUUUGGCUUCAACACAACAGAUAAUCCAAGCAUCUGUUCAAUCUCCAACCCUGAAUUCGUUAUCUACUCUUCCAUCGUGUCCUUCUACCUUCCAUUUGUAGUGACCGUCCUGGUUUAUAUACGCAUCUAUGUUGUGCUGCAGAAGAGAAGGAAGCGUAUCAUAUCCAGACGCAGCCAAAGGACCAUCAGCUCAGAAACGUACUGCACACCCUCCCAGUACUUGAACAUGGAUUCAACAGUAAAGGAUAAAACAGUGCUUGCAGAACCAGAAGCCAAUGGGAAAACAAAUACGAAUGAGGAGCACAUCUCAGAUCCCCUUGACCCCAUGUCUCCUUGCCUAAGGAAAGAAAAGACGCUUUCUUCUGAGAACAAACUGCUAACUAAAUCGGAUACCCCAAACUACUGCAGCCUUAGUCAUGCACCGUUUGUAAAAACUGAGAAGGACACUGAGCUGGACAAUAACUGGAGGAGCACAGCAUGCAGAGUAAACAGGUAUAGUUCAGAGGUGAAGAGCUUACCAAAUGGAAGGUACAAGACAUCCCUAAGAAUGUCUCCAAAGCGCAGAAGCACCCAGCUACGAGAAAGAAAAGCAACACAGAUGUUAGCCAUUGUCCUUGGUGUCUUUAUAAUCUGCUGGCUACCCUUCUUUGUGACACAUGUAAUAAAUACUCACUGCAAGAUAUGUCACGUCCCAUUGGAAGUCUACAGUGCCACCACAUGGCUGGGAUAUAUCAACAGUGCUCUAAAUCCUUUAAUAUAUACCACCUUUAAUGUGGAAUUCAGAAAAGCAUUCAUCAAAAUCCUUUGCUGUUAAAAACUGCAUGCAUACGUAAAUUUCCAUACGCUUGUGAACGGACGUGUGUGUGUAGAUGCAGACAUAUGGAAAACAUUGUGCUCUUAAUCUGCCACCAGUGACUGUGGAAUUAUAGAGAUUCUGGUAAUGAAUGUGACCAUAACACAGAUCAGUGCACAUAUUUCUCAGAUGAAGCUGUGUCUCCUUCCUCUGUAGCUAUGAUUUUAAAAUAAAUGAUCCACAUUAUUAUGCAUGAUUUGAACAUUACCAUAUACCAGGAAAUGCAAGAUGGCAGUCUUCCAAUUUUUCAAUCGCAUGGGUUUAAAUGGCACAAAUCUUUGUUUUGUUUUUGUCAUCAUAAUAACUGACAAGUCACAAGUGAGGAAACUAUCGGCUGGAAAAAUGAAUAAGGCAGCUAGCAUUCAUAACUAUACAGUACAUUUAACAACUGCUGAUGUGGUUACAUAAACUGUUACAAGAUUCGGGUUAGGAUAUAAAAUAUUCAGUUACUGCACUAAUUUGAAUUCUAUGACGUCCAUUUAUUUUAUUAUUGCUAAUGUUAUUAAGUCCUACCUACAAUAUUAUGAUAAACAAUGUAAGAGCAUACAAAGGAAUCUUUAAAGUAGCACUUUUUACCAAAAGUGGCUUUUGUAUGAUCAUGGAUAAUUGAUUGAUACCUAUGUAUGUGGAUGCUUUUUAUGAAAGAUGAGAAAUAAAACAACAAAUAUUCUUCAUAAAAACAAAACUGAAAUAAAUGUAGACCUGAGUACAAUCUUGA